GGAGCGCGGCUCGGCUCGGCUCGGCAUGGGGAGCCCGCGGCGCCUGCUGCUGCUGUCCAGCUCCAGCCUGCACGGAGGGGGGUACCUGGAGCACUGCCAGCAGCACAUCCAGAGCUUCCUCGGGCAGAAGGUGAAGCGGGUGCUGUUCAUCCCCUACGCCCUGCACGACCGCGACGCCUACGCCCGCACGGCCAGGGAGAAGUUUGAAAGCCUGGGUUAUGGGCUGGACAGCAUUCAUGAAUCUUGUGAUCCAGUGGAAGCCAUAAGGAAAUCUGAAGCAAUAUUUAUUGGAGGUGGGAACACAUUCCGUCUCCUGAAAGCUCUUUAUGACAACAAUCUGAUACAUGAGAUCAGGAAGAGAGUCCUUGAGGAUGGAAUUCCUUACAUUGGAUCCAGUGCAGGAAGCAAUGUUGCUACCAUCAGCAUCAAUACCACCAAUGACAUGCCAGUUGUUUAUCCACCUUCCCUGCAGGCUCUAGGAUUAGUUCCUUUUAAUAUUAACCCCCACUACCUGGACCCAGACAUUAAAAGAACUCACAUGGGCAAGACAAGAGAGGAAAAAAUCUGCCAGUACCAUGAAGAACCAAACACCCCUCCAGUUCUGGGCCUGCGGGAAGGUACGAUGCUGUUAGUGGAAGGAGAUAAAGCCACGCUGCAAGGAGCAACAGGAGCACGUCUGUUUCUGAGGGGUAAGAAACCAACUGAACAUGAACCUGGAACAGAUUUCAGCUUCCUCCUGACUGACAGCAAUCCUCUCAAUCCGUAGCUUUCUGUAUCCUGCAGCAGAAGUUACUACAUGGGGAAGACAAUGAGGAAGAAUGAAAGAGAUGCUUGUAGUCCCAAGGUGGGUGGGGAACUUCAGCUUUAUAAAUUAAUUUAUAUUUUAAAAUAUAAAUAUGCAUUAGUGGGCUCUUUUCCUUACCCCAAUGCAUGUCUCAGACAUCUCCAUCCCAGCAAAAAGACACUUUUUAUUGCAAUACUUAGAUAAUCAUAGCUAUUCAAAGCUUGAAGAGGCCUGUACCUUCACAUAUCCACUUUUGAGUACUUCCCCACCAAAAAAAAAAGUGGCCUUAGCACAAUUAGGACAGGACACAGAGUCAGCUGUUCCCACUCUCUGCUUUUACCUGCUAAAUAAAAGAAUUGUUCAUUCUGUGUACUUCCACAAUUACUUGAAUUUUUGUGCUAUUAAUUAAGGGAGAAAUUAGGCAU